GAGAGAUCUCAACCUCGAGGCGGCGUACACAGGAGUGGGCACCAGCACAAGCCUUCUGAUCGUCGCCUGACUGAAAAGGAGAGAGAUUGGAAGGAUCUGUGUUUGUUCCGUUGCGGCGCAUCUCCGACGUGGGGUGCUCUGCUCUCGUCGAGGGUGCUGCCGUCGCCUCCUCGGUGUCUGCUGUCGUCCUUCUGCUGCGAUGAGUGGUGUUAUGGAGCCGUCUGUGAGUGUGCGGUUCGCUGGCGAUGGGGAGGGCGACGCGCCGCUCGUCAUAAAGGAGGGCGUCAUACGGCAAUUUAGAUACUUGACUACGGUGAUAGCACACACGGCAGAGAUGACAGACACGCGACAUGCAUACAAUGUGUGUCGUCUGCGUGUGGGUGCAGGUGAUGGACGGCGAGUUUCAGGAGGGCCAGGAGCGUCAGGUGUGCAUCGAGAAAAUCAGCCGGCCCAUCGGUGAGGUGGUGCUGCAGCAGGAGGUGGACAUCGUCAAUUCGCUGACCAAGGACAUUUUGCUGGAUGCGUUGAUCGCUCUCGACUACCUGCACUUCAACACGGACCAGAUCUUCACGACCGGCAGCAACAAGAGCCUCCUGUGGCGCAUCCAUCGCAAGGUGAGCAAUGGGGAACAGAGAAACGAGGACGGUCAAAGAACUCUGUACGUCACUUCUUUGUUGAUGCACCUUGUCGUGUGUCAGGUUGUGAUUGAGGGAUGGCUUGCCGACCACUAGCUGGCCACAUGUCUGCUGGACAGCUUCGCCCGCUACCCAUUCAUCGCCCGAUUCGUCCACUGCCACCCCGACAUUUGCGCAGCGGUCCGUCCAUUCCUGCGCAAGAAUCCUGACGUCAUCCGUGACCAGUGGCGGCGACGCGAGAGCGGCGAGGCCGUGGAUGACGCCGUCAAGGCAGUGGUGAGUCUAGUGGCCAGCCUGGGAGACGCCAUGUCGUAUGAUCCAGUCGACGUGUCGCGUCAAGAACUGGCCCGAUUCAUGACGAAUGCGACGGGCUCAACGUCACUGUCGGCUGCACAUGGUAGGGAACAACAGAGGACUAAACAGGAAGGGGCUGCCGUCACUCACUACUUGUCUGUGGUCGGUGUGUUGUUGCGCUGUCUAUCUCAGCGGCCAUUUUCGAGUCCGACGAAUUCUCAUCUUGUUCUACGGCGACGGUGCGGCCAUUUGCCGACGAGCAGGGGGGAACUGUCGAAUGUAUAGGCUUCGCUGUCAACGUGGCGGGUCUUCCCCCUCCCUACGCCCCUCACACAGGCAGCGAUCUGCCAGCCAAUGCCAUCCGCGACGGCGAUGCGAAGCUGACGGAGGUGGCGGGCUGGCAUGUCAAGUUCGACCCACUCGGUGGAAGGCGAGCUGAGGGGGAGUCUUUCGUGUCAUGCUAUGCGCCUGAUGGCUCUCUGGAGGUGGCUCAUCCUCACGGCGAUUCCGACGCCACACGCCCCGCGAUCCGGCUGCAUGAGAGCCUGACGCUGAUGGACAUGUACGAGAUCCGCAUGGGCGAGGAGGCAUCGGCUGGCGCCUCGGUUAGGUCGUUUGGCUCAAAGCUACUGGGACAGCGCACAUGGAUUUCUGUCAACGUCCGCAUUAUUGGUGCCGAUGCGCUGGCGAAGCAGGGGCUGGUGGACAUCCGUCUCAAGGAUGUCGUGCUGCAGAUGACGGUUCGCCACUUUCCGCUGCGUGUUCUGGCUCUGCAUUAUCUGCGGAUGUGUGUCAUCGAGGGCUGCUAUGAGGAUAUCUCCCGGAUGGCCAAGUGAGUGGGCAGAUGACCACCUGCUCACAAAAAAUGCGUGUUCUUCUCUCUCUCUCUCUCUCUCUCUGUGAUCGUCUGUGUGUGUGCAGGUCGCUCAUCGUGAGGUUGCCAAGUACCUGGUCGGCGACAUGGCUCUCACGCGAUUUCACCGCCUUCCACUGAUGCUGUAUUGGGCGGCGGCCAUCGACGGCCUCUCUGGGCAAGCUGUUGAC